AACAAUUUGCUUGUUUGCAUCCUACGAAAUUAGAGUAAACCUCUUAUAAACAACCGAUAAUCAUGUUUGUACUGGCAGAACUGAAAGAUAAUGUACGCAUUGCUCCAGAUCAUUUCAAUUUAAAGCUCGUGGACGCCGUGCGCGAUGAAAUUGACCGGAAGCUGGCAAACAAGGUGUUGCUCAACGUUGGUUUGUGUAUAGCAAUGAAGGAAAUUGUGUCACUGAAGGACUCAAUAAUAUUACCAGGAGAUGGCGCCUCACACACGGAGGUUCUUUUCCGCUAUGUGGUUUUCCGCCCAAUGGUAGGCACUGUAAUGACUGGCAAGAUAAGGAAUUGUAGCCGCGAGGGAGUUAACGUAACCCUGGGCUUCUUCGAUGAUAUACUCAUACCACAUGCUGCACUACAGCAUCCGUCGCGAUUCGAUGAGGCGGAACAAGCCUGGGUCUGGGAAUAUCCGUUAGAAGAUGGCGGCAAACACGAUCUAUUUAUGGAUGUUGGCGAGCCCAUUAAGUUUCGUGUGUCACGGGAAAUAUUUGAAGAAACAUCGCCCAUCGGUCCACCAAAAGCAGAAGGUCAACAGUCACAAAAUGCCAGCAGCUCAACAACAGCAGCCGCAGCGACAGCAGCACAGGAAGUGAAGACGCCCUAUAAAAUUAUCGGAGCUAUCAAUGAGUCUGGUCUUGGAGUGCUUUCCUGGUGGGAUCAACAAGGCAAGGAGGAGGAACAAGAAGUUGAAGACGGCGAAGAUAAUACGGAAUAUGAGAAUGACGAUGAUGGCGAGGGCGCCUGCGAGGAAUGACAAAGGAGUAGCCUCAGCUCCUAAAUUUGUAAAUAGUUAUCUAUUAAGGCAAAAGCAUCUUUAUUUUUAGGAAAUCGUAAAAAUACAAGUAAGAACGUUGUAAUCAUUCA